ACACACAAAGUCCCGAAGCUCUCGAUCCAGCUGAAACAAUGGCGUACGUUGCAUGCUCUUUCUACGACGCACGCGGGUCACUACCGGUCUACCGCCCCCGCCGCCGCCGGCAGCUCUCUCCGCCAUUGCUUCUCGCCGCUUAUUGCCUUGCCGUCCUUGUGCUGCCGCCGCCGCGGCUCUCCCGGGCGGCGACGUCGUCGUCGUCGUCGUCGACGGUGGUCACCCACCUGCCGGGAUUCGAUGGCCCUCUUCCCUUCUACCUGGAGACCGGGUACGUGGAGAUAGAGGAGGAGACCGGGGCGGAGCUGUUCUACUACUUCGUGGAGUCGGAGCGGAGCCCGAGCACGGACCCCUUGCUCCUGUGGCUGACAGGCGGGCCCCGGUGCAGCGUCUUCAGCGCGCUUGUGUUUGAGAUUGGUCCUUUGAAGUUUGUCGUGGAACCAUACGACGGCACAUUGCCAAGAUUGGUCUAUAAUCCAUAUUCCUGGACACAGAUGGCAAGCAUUCUCUUCCUGGACUCACCUGUUGGUUCUGGUUUCUCUUAUGCACGCGACCCCAAAGCUUAUGAAGUUGGAGACAUCUCAUCUUCUAGGCAGGUCUUGACAUUUUUGAGAAAGUGGUUUGAUGAUCACCCAAAAUACUUUUUGGAUCGUCCUUUCUAUAUUGGUGGAGAUUCAUAUGCGGGGAAGGUGGUUCCUCUUAUUGCACACUACAUUUCAGAAGGAAUCAAAGGAAUGCAACAACCAAUUAUUAAACUAAAGGGUUAUAUUGUUGGCAAUCCUAUUACAGGAGACAAAAUUGAUACCAACUCCAAAGUUACAUUUUCUCAUUCAUUUGGAAUCAUAUCUAACCAACAAUAUGAGGCUUUCAUCAAAAACUGUAAAGGAGAUUACCUAAACCCGACAAACAAACCUUGCACGGAUGUGGUACAUACUAUUAAGAAGCUCAUGUCAGAAGUUUCUGAAGGAAACAUAUUGCGACCAAUUUGCCAUAUUCCUUCAGGAAAACGAAGAAGUACUAUGGAAGAUGUGUCAUCUCUAGUAGAGAAACACCAUCACUAUCAGCUUACUGAUGCACCUGAUGAACCUCCCUUUUAUUGCUUCUAUGAAUACCGCUACUACUUGUCCUACUUUUGGGCUAAUGACAAUGUCGUUAGAAUUGCUCUUGGAAUCAAGGAGGGAACAAUGGCGGAAUGGAUUAGGUGUAGAAGACCUCCAAUUCUUCCUUAUGCGUCUGAUCUUCCCAGUAGCAUAAAAUAUUUUUUCAACCUUAGCACUAAGGGAUAUCGUGCUCUUGUAUACAGUGGAGACCAUGACCUCCUCGUACCGUUUACGGGCACACAAGCAUGGAUAGGAUCCUUCAAUUUCUCCAUAGUUGAUGAUUGGAGGGCCUGGCACCUAGAUAACCAGGCAGCAGGAUUCACCAUCAUGUAUGCUAGCAACCUAACGUUUGCAACAAUAAAGGGUGGCAGCCAUAUUCCUCCAGAAACAAAUCCUAAAGAAUCAUUUACUAUGGCUAAAAGGUGGCUGGACAAUGAGCCCCUAUAAUCCCCAUGCGCCUACCUCUCAGGCUACGCCUCUUAGUAUAGAUCUAUCAUCUACAGCAUAAGGAUAAGGCUUAGAGAUGAUUAUGUGAAGCAAGUGGAUGUAAUAAAGCAUGCCAAGUGUUAAACUUGCUUUGACAUGUUGAAAACAAUAAUUUAGUCCUUAUUGACUUAAGAGUUACUAAGAAUUAGAGUUGUGGGAACCUAGUGUUAGUAGAGAUAUGCUAAGAAAUAAGGCAAACGCCACACAUUAUUAGUGGUGUAGGUGUGUGUGAUGGUUGGGGACCUUUCACAUAUAUAAACAUAUGGGAGGAUGUAGUACAAAGAAGCAAUUAUACAUCUACAAUACACAAUGGUUGUCAUAGUGGGAGGAUUUUAGAUGCAUAAAUUGGACCUAAAGUUUUUGAUCAA